CCCCCAGGGGGCGCUCGCGCGGAGGUUUCCCAACUAGUAUCUCGCGGGUUGCUGGGCGCAUGGGUUUCGUCAGAAGGUGGAAAUCUCUCUGAGAAGCUGCCAUCUCCCCGCCACCCGCUCGCCUCCCCUACUCUCUUCCCUUCCUUCCUUCCUGGCUCCUCUCCGCUCCCUCCCUCCCCCGGUACCUGCCACUUUACUCUGAGUUCACUGAGGACCAGGCUGCUCCCCGCAACGUUUUCUCCUUUCCCCAGCCCCCAUCACCAAGAAUGGAGUCAGGGUUUCCGGAGAGACCAAACUCUCCUCCCAGCAUCUUUUCCAUCCGCUGCUUUUAAACUGGUUCGGAGGACGAGGGGGCGGGGGGAGGGAAGCCCGAGCCCCCCGCACCACUCCACACCGACCACCUCCACUCCAAAGCCGGAUUUUGCAUUUUGCAUCCUGGGGGCGGGGCAGGCCGGUCCCGGGCCGAAUUCUCUUUCUACUCCUCGAGGUUGGCACACCCAGAAUGAAGAAGAUGAGCAACAUUUACGAGUCGGCGGCCAACACGCUGGGGAUCUUUAACAGCCCCUGCCUGACCAAAGUGGAGCUGCGUGUGGCCUGCAAGGGCAUUUCCGACAGAGAUGCCCUCUCCAAACCAGACCCCUGCGUCAUCCUCAAGAUGCAGUCGCACGGGCAGUGGUUCGAGGUUGACAGAACAGAGGUGAUUCGCACCUGCAUAAACCCAGUGUAUUCAAAACUGUUUACUGUGGACUUUUACUUUGAAGAGGUGCAGCGCCUGCGGUUUGAGGUCCAUGACAUCAGCAGCAACCACAAUGGGCUGAAAGAGGCUGACUUUCUUGGUGGCAUGGAGUGCACACUUGGCCAGAUUGUUUCCCAGAGGAAGCUGUCCAAAUCCUUGCUGAAGCAUGGGAACACGGCAGGGAAGUCCUCCAUCACGGUGAUUGCUGAAGAAUUAUCCGGCAAUGAUGACUAUGUUGAACUUGCAUUCAACGCGCGGAAAUUGGAUGACAAGGAUUUCUUCAGUAAAUCUGACCCAUUUCUGGAAAUUUUUCGUAUGAAUGAUGAUGCAACUCAGCAGCUUGUACACCGAACUGAGGUUGUGAUGAAUAACUUAAGCCCAGCCUGGAAAUCAUUCAAAGUAUCAGUAAAUUCCCUAUGCAGUGGAGAUCCAGACCGCCGGCUAAAGUGCAUAGUAUGGGACUGGGACUCCAACGGCAAACAUGACUUCAUUGGAGAAUUCACCUCGACAUUCAAGGAGAUGAAGGGAGCAAUGGAAGGGAAGCAGGUGCAGUGGGAGUGCAUCAACCCCAAGUACAAAGCCAAGAAGAAGAAUUAUAAGAACUCGGGCAUUGUGAUUUUGAAUCAAUGCAAGAUCCACAAGAUGCAUUCUUUCUUGGAUUACAUCAUGGGUGGCUGCCAAAUCCAGUUUACAGUCGCUAUAGACUUCACGGCCUCCAACGGGGACCCCAGGAACAGCUGUUCCCUGCACUACAUCCACCCUUACCAGCCCAACGAGUACCUGAAGGCCUUGGUGGCUGUCGGGGAGAUUUGCCAAGACUAUGACAGUGACAAAAUGUUCCCAGCCUUUGGAUUUGGUGCCAGGAUACCCCCAGAGUACACGGUCUCUCAUGACUUCGCAAUCAACUUUAAUGAAGACAACCCAGAAUGUGCAGGAAUUCAAGGAGUUGUGGAAGCCUAUCAGAGCUGCCUUCCGAAGCUCCAACUCUAUGGUCCCACCAACAUCGCCCCCAUCAUUCAGAAGGUCGCCAAGUCAGCAUCAGAAGAGACGAACACCAAGGAGGCAUCGCAAUACUUCAUCCUGCUGAUUCUGACCGACGGCGUCAUCACAGACAUGGCCGACACCCGGGAGGCCAUCGUCCACGCCUCCCACCUCCCCAUGUCGGUCAUCAUCGUGGGAGUGGGCAACGCUGACUUCAGUGACAUGCAGAUGCUGGACGGCGACGACGGGAUCCUGAGGUCACCCAAGGGAGAGCCUGUCCUUCGAGACAUCGUUCAGUUCGUGCCCUUCAGGAACUUCAAACACGCAUCUCCAGCUGCCCUGGCAAAGAGCGUGUUGGCUGAAGUCCCAAACCAAGUCGUGGACUAUUACAACGGCAAAGGGAUUAAGCCAAAAUGUUCAUCAGAAAUGUAUGAGUCUUCCAGGACACUAGCACCAUGAACUCCACGCACUUUUACAGAGUUCCGAAAUACUACUCCUGCUACUACUUACUACUUCUACUGCUCCUGUACUUUAAAAAGCCACACAUUUAAAAAAAAACUAGCACGUUUUGGUGAUUUUUAACUAACUGGCCAUUUUUUUUCUUUUUUGCAUGUGUAGCCCUAAGGCCUGGAUCUGGUAAGCCCUGUAUUGUUAAAGACUUUUUACAAAGACACACAAAUAAUUUCAACUUACUCUUUACAUUACAGCAUGUCGACUUGAAAUAAAAUGGUAUCUGUAUCUGUUUUUUAUACAGGUUUGUUGAAAUUUUGCUAAAUUUCUUAUUAUCUUUACACUGUAAAGCAUUUUGAAACAACUACUGAACGUUGAUAGCCAAAACAUAUUUGGUUUUAUCUGCUACAGGAUGAGAGACUUUUCAAAAUGGUAGAUGCAUGGACUGUAUUUUGCAUGUUUAAAAAACAAAAUAAAACAAAACACAACGCCCACACUGUUUUUGCAGUUGUUAUCUAUAAUUCAUCCCUGCUGAGAAUGGUCUCUCUGCUGAUGAAGAGACGUAGUCACCUAGGAGUAGUCUUCUUGAUGGGGGGUCUGGGAACUUAGCCCAGCACCUCUCACACUUUGCUGGGGAUCUUGCCAAAAUUGGGACCAUGAUGCCAUAGGUAUGCAUAGGCCCAAGAUUCUGCCGCUCUGACAAGGUCCCAGGGCAAGCAUGUCAAACUCCAAGGCUAACACGGGCUAAAUAAACGAGGCAUGCGGCCCACAGGCCGCGAGUUUGACAUGCUUGUCUCAGGGCAUGCCAGUGCAGUCCUCAUAUUGCACUGAGAGUACUGAGGUUCUGGACUUUAGGGUGUGAUUGUAGAGACCAUCUGAACCAGGGCGGACCCUAGUCUGCUUGAGAAUGGCACCUCUUCCCCAUCAGUAGCACAAAGGUUGCCUGUCUCUGAGGAGGGAGUAGAAAGUAGUGAGACUGAUUCCAGAAGCUGCACACCCCACAUCAGCCUCACUGCUUUGUAGUCCCACCUCUUCCUUAAACAGAUGAGGGAGUAUUCCCCUGGCCGGCUCCUACCCUCUUAAAGGAGGCAUCUCUCUCCUUGCAUGAAUGAUGCCAUGUUUACAUCAACCCCAAAGAAUGACCUCGAAAAGUCUUCAGUAGAACCGUGACAAUGGAGACUUGGCCGUGGCAAGGGGCUGUGCGGUGUCGCUCCCCAGAAAUGUGGCCCACCGAGUUGAUUUUUAAGCUGAGUGUGGGGUUUCUUUUUGCCUCUUUUUAAUCACUCCUGAGAGCAAACUUGAUCAGCAGAAAUGCCUAGGAUCAUUGUUUUAGGUGGUGGUGUUUUGUUUUGAUAUAAAAUGGCCAGUUUUGAACCAGAAGAAUGAAUGUCUCACUUAUAUAAUCUUCUCACAG